GAGCCCCGAAAUCGGGGGUUAAUUGGGGUUAAUUGGGGGAUUAAUUAAUUGGGGACAUUGGAAUUGGGGAGCCCCGAAAUUGGGGAAAAUUGGGGAAUUAAUUAAUUGGGGAUGCCCCAAAAUUUGGGACACUGGAAUUGGGGAAAAUGAAAUUUGGGGACACCAAAAUUGGGGGGUAAUCAGGUUAAUUGGGGAAUUAAUUAAUUGGGGAUGCCCCAAAAUAGGGGGUUAUUGGGGUUAUUUGGGGGAUUAAUUAAUUGGGGACAUUGGAAUUGGGGAGCCCCGAAAUUGGGGAUAAUCGGGGAAUUAAUUAAUUGGGGAUGCCCCAAAAUCGGGGGUUAAUUGGGGUUAAUUGGGGGAUUAAUUAAUUGGGGACAUUGGAAUUGGGGAGCCCCAAAAUCGGGGGUUAAUUGGGGGAUUAAUUAAUUGGGGACAUUGGAAUUGGGGAGCCCCGAAAUCGGGGGUUAAUCGGGGAAUUAAUUAAUUGGGGAUGCCCCAAAAUUGGGGGUUAAUCGGGUUAAUUGGGGAAUUAAUUAAUUGGGGACAUUGGAAUUGGGGAGCCCCGAAAUUGGGGGUUAAUUUGGGUUAAUUGGGGGAUUUAUUAACUGGGGAUGCCCCGAAAUUUGGGUUAAUUGGGGGAUUAAUUAAUUGGGGAUGUCCCGAAAUUGGGGGGGAAUGGGGUUAAUUGGGUGGUUCUGGGAUUAAUUAAUUGGGGACUCCAGAAUUGGGGAGAUGGGACCCCAGGUGUGUCCCCAGGUGUCCCCAGGUGUCCCCAGGUGUCCCCAGGUGUCCCCAGGUGUCCCCAGGUGUCCCUGCUCACCUUUUUCAGCCCCACACAGAAGCGCCUGAACACCUCCUUCAUGUUCCCUCCCUUCUCCAUGGAGAUGACGCGCAGGUGUGACCCCAGGUGUGACCCCAGGUGUGUCCCCAGGUGUGUUUUGGUGUCCCCAGGUGUCCCCAGGUGUCCCCAGGUGUCCCCAGGUGUCCCCAGGUGUGUCUCAGGUACCUUUUUGAGCCCCACGCAGAAGCGCCUGAACACCUCCUUCAUGUUCCCUCCCUUCUCCAUGGAGAUGACGCGCAGGUGUGACCCCAGGUGUGUCCCCAGGUGUGUUCAGGUGUCCCCAGGUGUCCCCAGGUGUCCCCAGGUGUGUCCAGGCGUGUCCAGGUGUGUCCAGGUGUGUCCAGGUGUCCCCAGGUGUGACAGACACACCCACAGGUGUGUCCAGGUGUCCCCAGGUGUGACAGACACACCCACAGGUGUCCCCAGGUGUGUCCAGGUGUGUCCAGAUGUGACACAGACACACCCAGGGGUGUCUCAGGUGUCCCCAGGUGUGUCCAGGUGUGACACAGGCACACCCAGAGGCGUCCCCAGGUGUCCCCAGGUGUGUCCAGGUGUCCCCAGGUGUAUCCAGGUGUCCCCAGGUGUAUCCAGGUGUAUCCAGGUGUCCCCAGGUGUAUCCAGGUGUGUCCAGGUGUGCCCAGGUGUACCCCAGGUGUAUCCAGGUGUAUCCAGGUGUAUCCAGGUGUGUCCAGGUGUAUCCAGGUGUAUCCAGGUGUAUCCAGGUGUGUCCAGGUGUGUCCAGGUGUAUCCAGGUGUCUCCAGGUGUAUCCAGGUGUCCCCAGGUGUGUCUCACCUAUGUUUUGGGUCCUUUUUCAGGAGCCCAGCGAGGAGGUUUCUGCUCUCGGGCCCCAGGGAGCGCGGGAAGCGGAUCUCCUCCAGGAGGAUGAGCUCGAAGAGCCGCUCGUGCUCAGGUGAGUGUGAGUGUGAGUGACCAGGUGUGCCCAGGUGUGUCCAGGUGUAUCCAGGUGUGUGUGUAUCAGUCCCCAGGUGUCCCCAGGUGUCCCCAGGUGUCCCCAGGUGUACCCAGGUGUAUCCAGGUGUGUGUGUAUCAGUGUCC